CCCUCAAUGAACUCGAGAUGGAAAGUUGACUCUUUCCUCCCGAUAACAGCCAUCAGGCCUAAGCUUGUAAUGAAAAUGAGUCCUAUGCCUACUCUGUUAUUACUAGUUUGUGUGUAUGUUGUAAUGAAAUUUAGGGCAACCAACUGUGUUACUUUCCUUCCUCGUGCUUAUCAACCAACUCAACUCUUUCAUUCAUCAUACUGUGUAAUAUAUUUUUGUCGUAAAUAAACAAGAAUUAGUAAUUAAGAAAGAAAAAAAAACACCAAGUAGCAGCAUCGGAAAGAAUGAUCCUUCGCUGAUUGUUUGUUAGGUUGUGUACGUUCUUGCCGUUGCCGGCCACAUAGGAAAAUAAAAUUCUUGAGCUUGACCCGAUCAAACAACAAGACCAAGAUAACAAGAGGGGCUACUUGCAAGAAACAAAUUUGCUGACUGCAAACACGCUUGCUAGCGAGGGAGUACCUGUCUAUCUCGAGUCGAGUAUAUAGCUCUGGUAGCCGCCACAACAACGGAGCAGAUGAUGAGUCGAUUGAUCGGCGAUAUGCAGCGCCACCGCCGCACGCUGUCCACCACCGUCGUCGAGGAAACCAUCGCCGCUGCGGCCACGCUGGUUUCCAAGUGGCAUCCUGAUGACCACCACUCCUCUCUCUUCCUCCAUGCCUCCUCCCCGGAGGCCGACCACUUCCUCCGCGCCGCCGCCGACCUCCACCGAGCCAUGCUCUUCUUCGCCUCCGACCCCACCAACGCCCACAACGGCCACGGCCUCGUCCAGGCCCAUCAUCUCCUCGACACGGCCAUGCGGAGGCUUCAGCUCGAGCUCCCACGACUCCUCGCACCACCACCUGCAGGCAGUCGGGACCGCCUCCGUGCGCUCGCCGACACCAUGAUGUCCGCCGGCUAUGGCAAGGAGUGCAUCUCCACCUUCAAGGAGCAUCGCCGCGCAGCGCUGGCCGCCACGCUCCGCCGCCAACACACCACCGUGCAGGUGCAGCUCAGCAAGCUUACCUGGGAGCAGGUCGACGACAACAUACAGUCCUGGCUCGCCGCGGCACGAAUCGCCUUCUCGUCCGUCUUCCCCGCGGAGAAGGAGCUCUGCGACACUGUAUUCGCCGGUGACGCCUCCGUCGGCGACGCGGUGUUCGAGGACGUGGCCAACAACCAGGCAGCAAAUCUCCUGGACGUCGCUGAGGCCGCGGUGGCGCGAGCGCGCCGCGCGCCGGAGCGGCUGUUCCGUGUGCUGGACGUGCACGACGCUCUCACCGAGAUCCUGCCCGAAAUCAUGUCGGUGUUCGGUGACAGGUCAGAGGUGGCGAAGCGUGGCUGCUCUGCUCUGUUCAAAGCCGGUGAGGCGGCGCGGGGAGCGCUGGCCAACUUGGAGGUGGCCAUCGAGAAGGAGCCGUCCAAGGCCACGGUGGCCGGCGGCGGAGUGCACCCGCUGACGCGCUACGUGAUGAAUUACCUCGUCUUCCUGGCCGACUACGAGGGAGCCCUUGACCGCAUAAACCAGCAACAGGGAUCGCCGGAGAGAUCGUGGUCCAUCGGUUGGUUGGUGCAGGUCCUGAUGCGCAAAAUUGAGGCCAAGGCGGGGAGCUACCGAGAGGCGGCGCUGAGGCACCUCUUCAUGGCGAACAACACGCACUACGUGGCCAGGAAAGUGGCCAAAAUUCCAUCUCUCGGGGACGACGACGGUGAAGCCCAAGAUGCGGCGCGGCGGCACGUGGAGGCGUACGUGCGCGCGGCGUGGGGCAAGGUGCUCAAGGCAAUCGCUGCGGCGGACGGCGUGGAGGUGGAGGAGGCUGUGAUGCAGGCGGUGGCGAAGCAGGAGAAGUGGGUGGCGGCAGACGAGGAGAUGGGUCAGGUGCUGAGGGCGGCGGCGACAGCGGCGGUGGUACCCAAGUACAGGAUGUUGUACCGCCGGCACGGGGCAACGCUGCGGCUGACGCCGGGGGACGUCAACGCCAUCAUCGCCGCACUCUUCGGCGGGAUUAUUGCAACGCCUAGCUCAUGCUGACUCUUCUUGAGUCUUGUCUUGCAUCAGUUAGUUUCUGGAGUAGCGUAGCUAGCAAACUAAUUUUGAUUUCAUAUAUAUGAUGAUGCAUGAUUGUGCUCUGUUAUUAUUACUCCUACUUACCUCAUUGUACUAGCUAGUAACAUUAUUAAUAUAAGCAGAACGAACCAUCAUAUUUGUACU